AUGAGUGAACUCGGGAUUCCCUCUCUCUCCCGUCACGACUUUCCCGAUGCCGCGGAGUACGGCGGCGGCGGCGGCGGCGGCGGCCCGUGCCUUUUCCACGCCGGGCUCUGCUGCCCCAACGACCCGCUGGACACCAUCAUGACCAACCCCGACUUAUUCAACGCCGACCUGCUUGAGGACCUUUUCACAGCCGCCGCGCUACCGCCGCCGCACCGGGGAUGGGGAGUGCUGCCCACCGGGGGCGGCAAAGAGGUCUUCGACGUGGACGCUGCCGACGACGACGUUGGUGACCGGGACGGGGGCGCUUGCUCCGACGGCGCGCCACGGUUGCCGCCGCCGGUGCGCGCCGCGCUGUCGGACGAUGACAGCUCAUGGACGACGACUACGUCCAGUUUGGAGACCGAGUCGCCGCCGCCGCCGCCUGUCUCGCGGCUCGUUGUGCCGAGGAAGAAACGGGACAUGUCCGUCAAGCGCCGCAAGCGGUUGUGGUCGCUGGAUAUGCCAAGCGUCCCCGCGUCUCGCGCUACCGCUAGCGGCGGCGACGGGGACCACGACGGCGGCCGCAGCGUUGACGGCGGUGUCCGCCAGCGCCUGCUCGGGGCGCGGCCGAGGAACAGGCGGACCCAGAGAGCGUGCACGCACUGCGACAGCACGGAGACGCCGCAAUGGCGUGCGGGACCGGACGGGCCGGGCACCCUAUGCAACGCCUGCGGCCUCCGCUACACGAUGAACAAGCUGCUGCCCGAGUACCGGCCGUCGACGAGCCCGAGCUUCCGGAGUGACAAGCACUCGAACCGCCACAGGAAGGUGGUCAAGCUGAGGGAGACGAAGGUACUAAAAGAGAAGAUUUCCAAUAUGCUGCCGGCGCCAGACUAUGCUAAUUUCAUGGAUGUCUGUACAUAUAUAUCCACAGGUCAAUGA